AUAUUUCAGAUGAAAAGAUUUAGCCCAACGUAUGGAUUGUGCGUAGGCUGGCUGACGAUAAAAAUCCUCUGUCUCGUUUCAAGGCCGCAUCGGCUUCAGCUCCUGCAUGCAGUGCCUUUUCGUGUCAUCCACUCCUCCUGCUUGAUCCCUUGCGUGGAAACAACAGGCAAAAGCUUUUGUCUCUGUGGCGACCUGUGUAGUAGCAGCGGGUAGAGUCAUCAUCCCUUGGAACAUAGAGUAGUAGUUGUUGUUGGGUGUUAGUAGAGUCGUCGUUGAGACACAUACCUACCACACCAAACACAACAACACUCUCUGCCUCUAACACGCCAUACAGAUAGUCGGUCGUCGUAGAGACGGAGUCCAGCGCUGGCGGCAGCGCAAGCAAGGCCAUUGAAGGUUUCGGACAAAGCAACAACCGGACAAGACGUGGGAAAGCACGAGUUGUUUUCAUCGGCACAUACGUUUCGUGGAUCAUAUCAUUCCGCCGAAGCAGUGAUCCAGCCCAGUAGACUUCUUGGUGUGGUCUUGUUGCCUUCUACUCCCUCUUCUGGGAACAACAGCAACAGAUCAGAUCAGCUCUGUUCAUAAGCAGGCGUUGGUUGGUGUGCAGACAGUCGGCGUUCCGAGCUGAAAGCUUCGAUUCCACAAUACAUCCGAUCUUCAUACCGUAUAGAAUAGACCACCACCAUGGGUUGUGGAGCAUCUCAACCAGAGGCACCAGCAGGAGCCGCUGCAUCAGAGUCUGCCGUACAAAGGAGACCGGUGCCAGAUGACCCAGCGGAAAUGGCCAAGUCGUCCGGAAUUGAUCGGGAGUUAGAUCGAGCGCGGCAACAGGAGGAACUAAAGGUCAAGCUACUGCUGUUAGGGGCGGGUGAAUCAGGAAAGUCAACCAUUUUCAAACAGAUGAGAAUUCUCUAUGGAUCACAGAGAUCCGACGACGACCUCAGGAUGUAUGGGGUGGUGAUAAGAUCGAAUGUCAUUACUGCAAUGAGAAAACUGUGUGGACUCUUGAGAGCCCUGGAGAUGGAAGGACAGCUAGGAGAAGAUCCCGCACCAGAAGAUGGUGGAAUGACCCCAAAGGGCGCAUAUGAUCUGAUAGUAGCACAUCUAAUUGACAACACCGGGAACCCGGACGACCUGGAAACACCGAAUGGGGACAGCAAGGACUGGGUCGGCAAUGUGGCUAGAGCCGGUCUGGGUGCCAACAACGAUGCUAAGCAAUUUCUUCAAUUAUGGAAACCAAUCAAAAUCUUAUGGGAUUCCAAAACAAUGAAAGAAGUCUGGUCAAAACGCGCCCAAGUCAAUGUUAUUGACGGUCACAAAGAAUUCUUGCAGGACCUUACGCGGCUAGCGUCACCAAAUUUCAAACCAACGACCCAGGACGUCCUUCUGGCUCGUGUCAAGACAACCCAAGUAGUGAUGGAACGGUACCGAAUCGACGGUAUCGAGUUCGAAAUGUAUGAUGUAGGAGGACAAAGAUCCGAAAGACGUAAAUGGAUCGACUGUUUUGAGAAUGUGGAUGCUGUCAUUUUUGUUGCCGCACUGUCGGAGUAUGAUCAAGCACUCGCAGAAGCAAAGAGAACAAAUCGAAUGGUGGAAGCACUGGAUCUGUUUCGAUCAGUUUGUAACAACCGAGCCUUUGCCAACACUUCCAUCAUGCUUUUCUUAAACAAGAAGGAUAUCUUCGCAGAGAAGCUCCUGUACAGUGACAUAGCGACCCAAAAGCCAUUCAGCGACUACCCCGGACCUCCGAAGGACUUCAACAACGGUGUUCUAUAUUUCAUACAAAAGUUCAAAGAUUGUCUGAUCGACGACGACUUCAACGACUCGUUUAUUCAUGUGACAUGUGCAACAGACACCAACAAUAUGGAAUUUGUGUUGGAUUCAACGAGAACCAUCAUCAUGACAGAUAAUCUUCGACGGUCAGGAUUCCUGGGCUCAGGCUAAGGACCCGACCUCGAAUGGAGUCUCGGUUGAGGGAUUGCGCUUCAGCCUUUGAAGUCACCUUAUCGGCUCGUUAACGCACGCGAUCAAGCAUCCGCCGCUUUCAAGAUCUGGGGUGUGGUAUGGCCAACCGUUUAGUAACCUUGACGAUAGGAUAAGAUGCAGUAGCACAUCCCUUGAUCUUUUCGACUGCUUGGAGGAAUCUUAAAAGAGUGACAAGAGUUGCUUUCGAUGCCCUGUACCAAUAUUCUAUGUUUGCUCGGACUCUUCUUGGAUAGCCCUGUGUAAAGUGCCUAAUAAAACCUGCCAGUAACUCUAGGAUAGAAAUCAAUACAUCUUUUCAGCCAUAUCGCUCAAUUACACUAG